AUGGAGAGCUCUCAGGAAGAAGUCGUGUAUGGAAGCGAUGCCGCGGAAACCACGAAUGAGGAAUCUACGGGAAAUCAGGAUGUCAUGUCCGAAAAAGUGGGGACGUUGGCUCAAGAUAUCUAUGCCGAGUUCCAACGGCUUAUGGGACUGCACGGCCAGGAUGUUGUAAAAAAUUUGAUGCCGCUCGUUGUGAAUGUCCUGGAGAGUUUGGAUCUGUCCAGCAUUGAGAAUCAAGAACAUCAGGUUGAAUUGGAAUUAGUCAAAGAAGACAACGAGCAAUUGGCGACUCAGUACGAACGCGAAAAGUGUCUCCGGAAAGCGUCCGAACAAAAGCUCUUGGAGGUCGAAUACACGUCCGAAGAAGACAGGAAUGAGCUCCUGUCGAAGGUCGAGAGCCUCGCAAGUAUUGUGAGGAUGCUCGAGAUGAAAGCGAAGAGCUCAGCAGACCACGCAGCCCGUCUUGAAGAGAAGGAGACUGAAAUGAAGAAGGAGUACGCGAAACUCCAUGAUCGCUACACGGAGCUGUUCAAAACGCAUUUCGACUACGUCGAGAAGACCAAGAUACUAUUCGGGGCGAGUCAAAAUCAGAAACAAGCAACCACACCGGUGGAGGCCGCCAGCAGGUUAGCAGCAGUGACCGCCGACAUCAGGUCUCCAGAGGAGCUACAGACUGGCUGGAAGCUCGAGCAGUUUUCCCCGGAUAAAGACCUGUCGAUGAGUGAAGCGCUCAGUCCGACCAGCAAUUCGACUGUGGUGGAGCCCAUGGUUGAUAACACCAAAGUUCGUAGACCGAAUACCCUCUAUCAAGAGUGCAAGUUCACCGAAAACGAGGAGCGUGUCAAGGACGAGGAUGCUUACGACGUCGGGGCAGGAGGCAUGGUGGAUCCGGCUGAGUUUGCCUCAUCAGUCAGCGACAAUUUGUUCGGAAUGGGGAAAGAGGUCGAGAAUAUCAUCUUGGAGAACAUCGAGCUAUUGGCCACGAAGAACGCCCUCAAUAUUGUCAAGGAUGACUUGAUAGCUCGCGUCGACCUUCUGACUUCUGAGAAAGAGAUCGUCGAAAGCCAGCUCCACCAAUCCGAGCUGCAACGGGAAGCCGGUAGAGAGAAGAUCGAGAUGUUGGAAGCAGAAAUCAAGAAGCUCAAGGAUAAUAUGGAACAGCUCCAGUCCGAAAGGGAACAGCAAGACAACGCUAUUCCGCUGGCUCACAGGAAACGUUUCACUAGAUUUGAAAUGGCUAGGGUCAUCAUGGAGAAGAAUCAAUACAAAGAUCGUUUGUUGGAGCUUCAAGAGGCUGUCAGAUGGUCGGAGACCCUCCGAGCCACGAAACUCACAGAAUCCUCUUUCGACAAACCCGGAGCUGGCGGAGGCGGUAUUUUCAAAUUCCCGAACUUCAGCAACCUCUUUGCGUCAGACAAGAACAAAGUGCCGUCAACGUCAUCGUCAGGUGUCGCCGGUGGAAUCCAGAACGAGAAAGAGCCUCAGACCAAAGCCUCUCUACACAAUAUUCAGCUUCGCGAUGGAAUCUCCGAGAGGAAAGCCAAGGAACGCAGAGACCAGCUGAAGAAAGUCAAAGCUCACGUAGCAAAAGAUGACAUCGGACGCGUUCAAGCCUACGGUUGGUCUUUGCCAACCGCCAACGGUCAGAACUCGCUGCAGAGCGUUCCCGUGCCAGUAUUCUGCCGACCCUUGGAUCAGUCAGAUCCGAAUCCUCAGCUCAAGGUUUGGUGCGCUUCGGGGGUUCACUUACCGCCCUACUCCUCAACACGGGAAAUCAAUGAUCCGACGGCGGAGAUGGCGAUGUCCUCCCUGGUGUGGAUUUGCUCCAACGUUCAGAAUCGUUUCUCUCAGGUCUCUGUGAUAGAUGCCAACAAUCCGGCGGAAGUUCUUGACACAUUCAAGAUCGGAUCUAGUCUCAUACUCUGCAUUCAGAGUGUACCCGGAACGAAAAAUGACGAUUUUGUGAGCGACGACGCGUACUUGGCGGCGUGCAUCCGGGCCCUAAACCCGUCCGAGACCUCUUCUGGUAUCGUCACAAAAGCCGAACCUGGGCUCAACGCUGUAUCGGAAAUGCUCCCGGAAGAGUUGAAGCCCGAAGACGAGCAAGCCGAAGGCUCGGCUGACGUAUCUGCAGAUGCAACGGAAAACGUCGAAACGCCAGAAAGUCAGGACACUGAUGCUUCAGAGAAAAUGUCCACGCAGCUGCCAACUAUGUGGCUGGGUGCUCAGAACGGUCAGGUGUUCGUUCACAGCUCAAAAGCCGAUUGGAGUUCGUGUAUCAUGAAGGUGCGGCUGUCGGACUCCGUCGUCGCGAUCGCGCAUCAUCGCGGUCGGGUAUUUUGUUCGUUAGCCAACGGUCGCAUGGCGGUUUUCCAUCGAGACCCGCAGACGAAGGAAUUCUGCGGGAACAAAUAUCGCGAAAUUGUGAUCUCACCGAGUCCUGACAGCCAUUCCAUUCGAUGUGUCGCCGUAGUCCUGGAGGAGUUCAUCUGGUGCGGUUACAGGAAUUGCAUGGCUGUGAUCAACGCUGAGACUCUCGAGGUCCAGACGAAAUUCAGCGUUCAUCCUCGGAAGGAAAGUCAAGUUCGUCAGAUGGCCACGGCAGGGGAAGGGGUUUGGAUUACCAUCCGAACUGACUCCACUUUCCGACUGUACCAUGCAAAGACUCAUCAACACCUCCAGGAUGUCGACAUCGAGCCUCUCAUAAGCCGUAUGAUUGGUACAGGGAAGCUUGGAUUCUCCUUCGUGCGCAUCACCUGCAUCGGCAUAACAUGCAAUCGACUAUGGAUCGGUACGGGAAACGGAGUGAUUCUGAGCCUUCCCUUGUUCUGCACGGGGCGAAACGCAGCCUUGGGAUCGUCCCCGCAAGCGACUGUUCAAGCGAAAAAAUCCAAGGAGGCCGACGAUGGCGUGGCUGUUAAUGAAACGACCGAUCUUCCGCUAUCGCCGGUUGUCGAACAGCCAUUGCCCGCACCUCAGACGCCGCUUCCCGUGCCGGGAUCCUGUGUUCGAAUCGACGAUCAAAACAUACCAUACUGCAACCUUAGCCAGGCUCAGCUCUCUUUCCAUGGUCACAAGGACAGCGUCCGAUUCAUAAUCGGAGUGCCUGGCACUGGGGGAAUGAUAUCCACCACAUCGCCGGUCGCCCAGACCGAGGGCGGAACAACCCCGCCGGCCAGGUGCAUGUUCGUGCUUAGCGGUGGCGAAGGUUACGUGGAUUUGCGGAUCGGCGACGAGGCAAGCGCGAGUGAAACAACGCAUAUGACCGAUAAAUCCGACCUCAGUCACUUAAUCAGGAGGCUCAGCAGAUCUCAGCUCGAAACUAUGGGGAGGGACACCGUCAUCGAUUUGUAUUUCGAAAGCGAUGAGUAUAUCAGACACAUGGAGUCGUCCGUAUCGCAUAGCAUCUCUAACGAAGAGAGACAGAAGCUGAAACAGCAAAUCACCGACCUGACUCAGCGGGAGAAUUUGCUGGUGUUGAAGAUGACUCUGAAAGAGCAGCAAGUCCGAGAGCUUCAGUGCGAGGCAGACACUCUGAGGAAAAGGGUGAUCCCUCAGAACAGCACCCGUCUCAGAGCGAACUUGAUGGAUCCCACCGUCGAUCUGCUCUUCAAGAAGAUGAAGAAAGAACUCGAUCAGACGAAUAAGAAACUGAAGGAGACGCAGGAAGAACUCUCUGCUUGGAAGUUUACGCCCGAAUCGAACGCCGGUAAGCGUUUGAUGGCCCAGUGUCGCCAGUUGUACCAAGAGAACGAAGAACUUGGCAAAAGGGUGGCGUCCGGCAAAGUCGCAAAACUCGAGGGUGAUCUUGCUCUGUAUCGUAGUUUCGCUCAAGAAAUGAAGCAAAACCAGAAAGAGCAAGACGAAUUGCUUUUAGAACUAGAUGAAGAGGUCGAGGGGAUGCAGAGCACCAUUUACCUCCUGGAACAACAGCUGAGUGAAGCCAAGGAGCUCAUAAAGAAUCUUAACGAAGGCACCGACCCGGCUAUCGCUAGCAAGGGAGGCGACGUGCAGCCUUCAACCGAACAAAGUUUCCCCUCUGCAUCCUCCGUCGCCCACUCGGUCACUAACGGCAUAGAACUGCACGAACAGCGCGAAUCACAAUCGAGGGAGCAAGGCCCGGACAGUCCGAAGAAAGCAAAGAUUGUCAGCGAGAGGCACUCCUCAAACGAGUCCGACACCGCUCAGAACACGACUCACACAGAACAGCAAGCGGCGAUUCGAUGCGACGAGAAUCAACCGGAGGAUCGAGACGAGAGUCAGAUGUCCGAAGUUCCCGAGCCCCCUGUGUUCGAGGAUAAGGAUUCUGUCGUUCUUUCGGAAUCUUGAGGUGGGCAUCGCGAGGGGCAAAGAGUCGAGGGCACGAGUCAGCGAAUUUCGCUCCCUACAUUCGUGUACAAAAAACACCGUUCUCCCAAAGGAGCGAUUCAUGUCGGUUGUGUGGUUCAUUGUAUAACUUCAUUAGCUCACUGCGGGGUCCGCGUUGUGGCUUGAAAUGCUCUCUGAGCGAGACGAUGGAUCGUCGAUGGCAGGCUCCCGUAGAGUUGAUAACAUUUA